GUAGCAGGACCUCAGCCUUGCCCCUCUAUGAGUAAACGCGGUCGGCGACCUCCGACAAGAGACAUUAACAGUUAAAGUAAACAAACAGCCCGCUUCCUUCAUGCACAACAUUUACCCUUGCACUACCUUUACAAAGGGGUGAUUUGUGAUCAAGUCAGCCAAUCAACGUCAUCCGUCUCUCAUGCUCCUGUUCUUCCAAACUACAGAAGCCACUUAAACUGCAAUGUCCUCCUCAACAUCCCCCAAUCCCCACCCCAUCCCCCUCACAGAAUCUGAGGUCUUCAUCCGCGGUUUCCUAGCCGCAAAUCCUGCGCUCGACGCCGACCUGGGACCAAUAGAAGUCAUGACAGACCGGUACACGAACGCUGAGUGGGCGGCGCAGAUUGAAGAGACACAGAAAGCAGUGUUGAAAGCGGUGGAAGCGAGGAAAGUCUAUCAGGGUCCGCAAAUGAGGAAUGGGCAGGAAGCGCUGAAGGAGUUGGCUAAGACGAUUGAUCAUACGGUUUUGAAGUUGGAUACUACGCAGAGCGCGGUGGAUGGGCUGUGCAGUGAGGCGCGGACGGAGGAUUUCAAGUCUGUAUGCGUUCGUCUCAACUGGGUCUCACGCUGCAUAUCCAACCUCAAGGGCUCCUCUGUCCUUGUAGCCUGUGUUGUCGGCUUUCACGAAGGCACACAGGACACACACUCGAAGCUGCGCGAAGCCCGUGCCGCCGUCCAAGCAGGCGCCCUAGAACUUGACCUCGUGCUCAACCACGCCCUGCUGACAAAACAUAACAAACCCGCUGCUCGAACCGUGCCCAUCCGCUCCCACGACUCGGCAAUCGAUAGCAUCACCGCCGCAAACACGUACGCGAACUCCAAGGCCUCGGAAGAUGAGAAUGAUGAGCUUCCGGACUACAGCGCAAUCUUCCGCGAACUAGCAUCCAUGCGCUCCCUCUGCCCCAGCCCCGUAGUUUUGAAAUUGAUUCUCGAGACCUCGCAACUCACCGACGCACAGAUCCUCGCCGCUUCUCACCUUGCCGCAGCUGCAAACUUUGACUUUAUCAAAACCUCAACGGGGUUUAACGGACACGGGGCAACGCUGCCGCACGUGCAGCUCAUGGUUGCUGCCGCCGAGUACUUGCAAGCUCAGAGGGUGGGGAGCAGGAAGAUGCAGGUCAAGGCUAGCGGGGGCGUGAGGAGCCUAGAGACGGCGGUGCAGAUGUUAGAGGCCGGAGCAACUAGGCUGGGUACGAGUUCGGGGUUGUGGAUCAUGCAGGAGGCUAGGACGAAGGUGGGCGAAGCAAAAGGAAACGGAGUGGAUGCGGUGGAUAGGCCUGGAGCAACAAGGCUCUAUACCGAUGAUUCCGUCGGUGGAGGCUACUAGGAAGAAAGGGCAUGAUGGGAUGGUGCUGGAUUUGAGGACACCAUCUGUUUUAUCGGAUCGGAUGAUGGGACGUGGAAGGGGUGAUAAUAAUAAUGCCUUCACUUGGUCAUGAACACAAGAUACAUGAAGGUAAUGUGAUUCCGUCUACUUUUAGAAAAUCAAGCCCUCAUAUCGAAUCUCCAACACCACGAGGCAAGUAGAUACAGCCAGAUCUACGUGAAACUACUCCAAUAUGAACAAGAUUAAAAAUGAGCAAGAGCCAGAGUUUACACUAAACAUAUACAGUAAAAGUGGACCGCGAAACGAAAGGGGGGCCGCUCAGAAGGUCUAUCAGGAUGUAUGCCCCAUAAUCAAAAAA